ACCAGAAAAAUUAUUUUCCCUAAUAAACAUUAUCUCUAUCUAUCCUUUGAAACUAUUACCUAUAAUUUCAGAGCUAGCUAGUUCACAGCUUCAGUUCGUUUUUGUUGAUCCUGUGAACUUAUGGCUGACGGGGUGGUUCUGUUGGAUACAUGGGCCAGCAUGUUUGGGAUGAGGGUUAGGAUUGCAUUAGCUGAAAAGGGUGUUGAGUAUGAAUACAAGGAAGAAAAUCUCAGGAACAAGAGUCCUUUGCUUUUGCAAAUGAACCCAAUUCACAAGAAAAUUCCAGUUCUGAUCCAUAAUGGCAAACCCAUUUGUGAAUCUGCAAUUAUAGUGCAGUACAUUGAUGAGGUCUGGAAUGACAAAGCUCCAAUCUUGCCCUCUGACCCUUAUGAGAGAGCUCAAGCCAGAUUCUGGGUAGAUUACAUUGACAAAAAGGUGUAUGACACUUGGAGGAAAAUGUGGCUUUCUAAAGGAGAGGAGCAUGAGGCAGGGAAGAAGGAGUUUAUCUCUAUCUUUAAGCAGCUAGAAGAGACACUGAGUGACAAAGCUUAUUAUGGAAGUGACACCUUUGGGUUCCUUGAUAUUGGUUUGAUCCCUUUCUACAGUUGGUUUUAUACCUUUGAGACAUAUGGCAACUUCAAAAUGGAAGAAGAGUGUCCUAAACUCGUUGCUUGGGCUAAGAGAUGCAUGCAAAGAGAGGCUGUGUCCAAAUCUCUUCCUGAUGAGAAGAAGGUGUAUGACUAUGUUGUGGCCGUAACAAAAGUACUUGAGUCAAACUAGAGAGACUUCUUGAAUAAAUUCACGUAAGGUCUUGUGUAAUUUUUAUCUUAUGUUUGCUUGGGAGUUACUUAUAGCUUCCUAGACACUUGAGUGUGUCUAGUGUCUGCAGGAUUUGUAACUUUAUCUUAUGUUUGCUAGCCUUCAGUUACUUAUGAUUGCUAGACCCUUGAGUGUGUCUACAGGAUUUGGAGCUGAGGAAGGAUGGAUGUUGUAAUGUUUGUUUUAAGUUGUGUGUUUAUGAUCAAUAAAUCACUCAUUUUAUAAGGACACAUAAUAGUUGUUUUCUUAA